AUGUUCUUCAACUUUGCUUCUAUCGCAUCCGCCGCUGUUCUCGCUCUUCCUCUCGUUGGGGUUGCUGCCAACCCGGUCCCUCACAAUGCACGCACCGAGUGGGAAUCUCCCAAGACCCACGAAGUGACUGUUGGUGCGUGGGGACAGCUGCGAUACAAUCCCGAGUUCGUACAUGCCAAAGUUGGAGACUACAUCAAGUUCGAGUUCCAUCCGAAGAAUCACACGGUGACCGAGAGCUCGUUCGGCAAGCCAUGCAGCGCAAUUGAUGGAGGAUUCCGCACCGGCUUUGUUCCAGUUGCAGAGGAAGACAAGCACGACCUUCCGAUACGCAAAUUCAAAGUUACUGAUGAGAAGCCACAUUGGUUCUACUGCGGCCAGAUUGGUCAUUGUCCCGCAGGCAUGGUGUUUGCCGUCAAUCCACCUAACGAGGGAAAUACAUUCGAGAAGUUCCAAUCAAUGGCCAAGGAAUCAGGAGGAAAGUGA